AUGUCAGCGGCAACUCUUGCUGAAGAAGAAAACAAUCAAAAUGGUGUGGAACGCUCAGAAGAUGAUGAUGAUGAAAUAGAUGAAAAUAACAAAACAGAUGAUCCAUCAGCUGCUAAAACUAAAAAGAAACGAAAGAAGAAGAAGAAAAACAAAGCUCCAACCGCAACGACGGAUGAACAAGCAGAUCCUGUUGCUAAUGGCACCGAAGCUAUAGCUGCAGUUUCUCUUCAACCGGAUGACGAUCAAGAAGAAGCUGAAGAGGCCGGUGGCGACGAGACGAAAGCUACGGGGAAAAAGAAAAACAAAAAGAAGAAAAAACCUGCUGGUACAACUAACGGUGCAACCACAAUAGCAACAAAUGGCAAAGCACCUUUGCAACAAACUAAUCCGCCAUCAAUUCCUAUCUCUGAACUAUUUCCUGAUGGCAACUUUCCUGAAGGACAAAUCCUUGAACAUCCAACACCAAAAGUUCCACCAACUGAUGGAUCUCUUGCUGUCAAUCGCAUGACCAGCGAAGAAAAACGAAUGCUUGACUUGGCACAAUCUGAAAUCUAUCGCGAACUUCGACAGGCAGCUGAAUGUCAUAGACAAACUAGAAAAUGGGUCAUGAGUUGGAUUGAACCUGGCAUGAAAAUGAUCGACAUCUGCGAACGACUUGAAGAUUGCAACAGAAGAUUGAUUAAAGAAAAGGGUUUGGAAGCUGGUUUGGCAUUCCCGACAGGAUGUUCGUUGAACAAUUGUGCGGCGCACUACACACCAAACAACGGUGAUAACACUGUUCUUCAACGUGAUGACGUUUGUAAAAUAGAUUUUGGUACGCAUAUCAAUGGUCGAAUCAUUGAUUGUGCAUGGACAGUUUCGUUCAAUCCAAAGUACGAUGAACUACUGAAAGCUGUUCGUGAAGCAACCAACGCAGGAAUACAGGCUGCUGGUAUCGAUGUUCGACUAUGCGAUAUUGGAGAAGCGAUUCAAGAGGUGAUGGAAAGUCACGAGCUCGAUCUAGAUGGAAAACUCUAUCCAAUUAAGGCAAUUCGUAAUCUCCAAGGUCAUCUCAUUGGUCAGUACCAUAUCCAUGCUGGUAAAUCAGUGCCUAUUGUCAAAGGUGGCGAAGGAACUCGUAUGGAAGAAGGUGAAAUUUAUGCAAUUGAGACAUUCGGUAGUACUGGUAAAGGUGUCGUUCACGAUGAUAUGGAAGUGUCUCACUACAUGAAAAAUUUCGAUGCUGAACAGGCACUUGUUCGAAAUGCCAAGGCUAAACAGUUGUACAACACUAUCAGCAAGAAUUUCGGGACACUGGCGUUUUGUCGUCGAUGGUUAGAUCGUUUGGGUGAAAGCAAAUACCUACUUUCUCUCAAAAGUCUCAUUGAAGCUGACGUCGUCAAUCCAUAUCCACCGCUAUGCGAUGUGAAAGGAUGUUAUACAGCACAAUUUGAACAUACAAUUAUCCUACGACCAACGUGUAAAGAAGUUGUCAGUCGAGGCGAUGACUACUAG